AUGAAUGGAAUAUUCAUAUUAUUACUUGGAAUCGUGGCCGUUGUUAAUGCAGAGCAAAAAACUGCACACGUUCAUCUGGUGCCCCAUGACGUUGCGAAGAAAAAUGUGACCGGACAUUUAACCAUUACCCAAACGGGUGACGAUGCUGUCGAAAUCACUGGCACGGUGUAUGGCCUUACACCAGGAUUGCACGGUUUCCACGUGCAUGAGAAAGGAGAUCUGCGAGAAGGAUGCACGUCUACAGGUCCACAUUUCAAUCCUACGAAUCUUACCCACGGUGCACCGAGCAGUACGGUGAGACAUGUUGGAGAUCUAGGCAAUAUCCAGGCAAACGCUCAAGGAGAAGCAAGCGUAAACAUUAAGGAUUCGAUUAUUUCGCUUAGCGGACCGAACAAUGUUCUGGGACGAGCGAUAGUUGUUCAUUCCGGCGAGGAUGAUCUGGGAAGAGGUAGCAGUCCACUUUCUGCGACCACCGGUAACUCGGGAGAUCGUUGGAUUCUUACGGAAUAUCGACGAAAGAGAAGUUACAGCAUGGCAGGGCUAUCGGAUUAUAAUAAUAUGGCUUAUUAA